AUUUCGAAAGGGUCGAUCAAGGCAAAAACCGAAGGACUCGAGGAUGUUCGUUUCAUUUUCACUCGCAAAGCAUCUUCAACAACCACCCCGCAGGACUCUGCAAACUAGAUAUAAGAAACCAGCGAGCUACCUCAAUAGAACCGAGAUGGCUGCUGGAGAAACGACCUCAACGGCUCCCGCAGUGGACUUUGAGACGGCCUUGCAGAACAUCCGUCGGCUUUCCAACUCGGGUCUCGCUCAUCAGAAGAAACCUGCUCAACUGCUCAUUGCUCUCGAGGACACCUUGAAGUCCAGCUUACCUGAUGUCAAUGGACCUCCAUUCUCGGGAACGGCCUAUUUCGCAUCUUUGGUACAAUGUCUGGAGAAGGCGUGCACGCCCAAGUCGAAGGACGCCACAGACUAUUCCGAGGGCGGACUGAUCCCUGCAACCCUCUACUUGAUGGCGACCGUGGUACCAGAAACUCCCAAGCAGGUCGUAUCCAACCAGCUAAAUACCCUACUCCCUAUUCUCAUCCCGCUCUUCGACCCAUGCUUGUCACAUCCCCCGGCGCUCCGAUCGCUUGUUCAGAUCUUCACGACAAUCUUCCUCUUGGCUCCGGUCGGUCUCCUAAAUUCUUCGCCUCUCCUCAAGCGAGCCUGGAACCAUUUUCUCGAGCUCAACGUGGAUCCCCGACCCAAGGUCCGACAUCUCGCACAAGAGGGCGUCCGAAAGGUCCUUACUACCCCCAUUCCUCCCAAGGUGGUAGCUGGGGACCACCCCUACCUGCAUCGAGCUCGAGAUUGGGCCAUGGGGAUCCUCGAGGAGGAGACCAAAGGAGGCCAGAGCAAGGUCAAGAAGGUUAAAUUUGCCGGCGGCAUGGUCAUGGCCGGUGCCGAGGAUGCCGAGGGCAAACGGGCGAUCUGGGUGGUACAGGGUUUGCGAGGCUGGGUCUCGGUGAUGGACGAGGAGGACCUCUCAUCACUAUGUCCUCUGCUCCUCUCCCUUCCUCACAUGCCUCACCUGACCCCUCAGAUCUUUUCCUUGCUCGCCCACCUCCUCUCUCCCGCUCCUGAAUACGCAUCAGGGAUCCCCAAGGAUGAGCAAAUGCCCAUCAGGGAAUUGAACAACCUGCCUGUGAUCCUCAACGCUCUGCUCGAGUCACCCCCUCCCUCGUCCGCGCCUGCCGACCAGAUCGAGUAUAUCCAAGCGCUCUCGUCUGGUAUGCUCAAGCUGUCGAUGCAGGACGCGUACAUCACUUCGAAGGAAUACUUUUCGAAGGCUUGGACCGUCCUCUGGAGCAACAUCUUGACCCACCCGACCGCUACUCCCGAGGCACGGAGAAAGGCAGCUGAAGGUCUCGGUUCGCAAGGAUUGAUCCGAUACUGCGUGUCGGCCGAGAUGAUCACCCAGGCGGUCCAGUACAAAAAGUUUGGAGGGGACCUCGAAGCGAAGCGACAGAAGAUGAAGCCGCCUCUUCUGAGCAAGAUCCUCAACCAGCUGGAGCGAGCCAUGGCUACUCAGCCCUUAUUGUUACCCUACCUGUUGCCCAUUUUGACCGCUCUGGUCUCAAAGAUGAGGUCUGGAGUCGUCGAGAACGAGGAAAAGACCGACAACUCGAAAUCGAGCUCGCCCGCGCAGAUCCUGCUCCUUGAUGCCGUUAACUCCGUGGCAGAUCUUCGAGCACAACCUGGAUUCCAAGACAAGGAAAAGGUUGACGAUGUCGUCGGAAUGGCUUUCGAGGUUAUGGGUGUCGAGGCUGUACUGAGGUCUUUGCCACUCAAUAUUGAGCCUGACGCUUCUGGAAAAGUUCCCCAACCUGGACGAGCACAUCUGCUUCCCCUCAUGCGAUCGAGAAUCACCAACGACUCCUUGUCGUUCUUCACCAACAAGCUGGUACCUAUGUCCGAGCGAUCCUUUGAGAGAAAGGUCAAGGCCGAAGAAGGGGGCAGGGCGGGUGAAGCCAAGGUUUGGGAAGUUAUCAUUGGUCAAAUUUGGGACUGCCUGCCUGGAUUUGUUGAUCUUGCCCGAGACCUUCGAGAGGGCUUCACAACACAAUUUGCGAGCCUUUUAGCGCAACUGCUGUACGGACAGCCUUUGCUCCGUGGUCCCAUCCUUCGAGCGCUUUCGAACGUCAUCACUUCCGUGCAAACCCUAUCGCGUUCCGGCACGGACGCUGAAGAGCUCUUGAAGACCUUCGGUGUCGAUCAGCAAGAUGCCGCUCAGAAUGUCGCGCAUUUGAAGAAGAUGGCAGGCGAGAUGCUUGCGGUGCUCUUCAAUGUGUUCAGCAGCGUCCCGCGGGAGCAUAGAGGUCAGGUCGGUGACGUUAUCGGGUUGUGGCUUGGCAUCAUGGACGAAAAGGAGGUCACCGCUACUUACGAAAAGGUCACUUCACACUUGGCUAGCGCUCUGUCCCAGCCUUCCAGCUCUACUGGAGGUCUACCGCCCGUGUCUCAUACAAUGCUCGAUCUUCUGAUCAUCCUCAUCCCUCAUCUGCCUUCGGCUCCUGCUACUGCGCUGUUUAAUGCCGCGUCGACUGGCAACCUCAUCGAGAACUCUGACGCUGCCAUCCAGAAGAAGAGUUACAGGAUCUUGACCCGUCUGAUCGAGCUUAAUAAAGCUAGCGUACUUCAGGGAGAAGGGUUCGACCAGUUUGUUCAGAAGCUGGUCGACGUGAGCGCCAGCAUUGGACCGGGAGCUCAGCGAGAUCGGAUGCUUCUCCUCAUCACCCUCGUGCCAAUUUUGCCCAAGACUAGAUUGCAUUUGAUUCCUACGCUCGUUACGGAAGCUGUGCUCGGAACUAAGGAGGUCAACGAGAAGGCUCGAAAUGCUGCCUUCGAUCUGCUUGUCGUGAUGGCCAGGAAGAUGUCCGAGGGAGGUGUAGUCGAUCAGCAAUUGCUGAAAGGGGAUGGUGCAGAUGCGGAAAAGGACGAUGAGGCGAUGGAAGGUGACGCGCCUGUUGGCAACGCUGUUGCAAGUGUGCAGGAGUACACGACCAUGGUGGCAGCUGGAUUGGCUGCUAGCACACCUCAUAUGAUCAGCGCUACCAUCACGGCCUUGUCUCGUCUAAUGUUCGAGUUCCAAGACGACCUUCCCCGCGAUAUGCUCGACGAGAUGGUUGCCACCAUUGUCGUAUUUGUCGCCUCGAAGAAUCGAGAGAUCGUCAAGUCGGCGCUCGGGUUUGUCAAGGUCGCUGUCGUCUCGCUGCCCGAAAGUACACUCCGACCGCAAUUAGGCGCUCUGGUUCCCGCAUUAUUGGGCUGGGUGCACGACCACAAGAACCAUUUCAAGACCAAGACCAUUCAUAUCUUCGAGCGGAUGAUCAGGAAGUUCGGAUACGAUUCGGUCUACCGCAAGGCUGGAGAGGGUGACGAGAAAAAGGUUCUGGAGCACAUCAAGAAGAAGAAGGACAGGGCUAAGCGUCAGAAGAUCGCCAAAGCUCAGAACGGCGACGAAGAGGACGAAGAAGCUGUUCAACGAAAGACUUCUGGUAAUGCGUUCGAUGAUGCGCUGUAUGGUAGUGCGAGCGAAGAGUCUGAUGACGAAGAGGUGGAGAGGGCUGUAGCUGGCAAAAAGGCUCAACAGAAGAUCAGGAAAGGAAAGGACACCGGUGCUUUCAUUCGGGAGGAUGACGAUGCACCUAUGGAUCUGUUAGACAGGUCGAUCGCCGGACGAGUCACUGGCCAGAAUCCGAACGCAAACAAGCGUCGUCGACCUGGUCAAGAUGCUGCCGACUUCAAGACGGACAAGGAGUCUGGCAGGAUGAUUAUCGACGAAGAUGGCUCCGAUCAAGAACCGUCGGCUGGCGAUGUUCUUGCCGGAAGCGCUUACCAGACUGCGAUUACCUCGGUGGACGGUAUGAGUCGAGAUGCCCGGGGUCGACUAAAGUUGAAUAAGGCCAACAAACGCGGUCGUGCCGUCGAGGCCGAGAACGAUGUCGAUAUGUUGGAGGGGAUCAUGGACGACGACAGCGAUCGCAAGAAGAAGGCCAGGCGAGUGCCAGAAAAGCUCGGGACGGAGUUCAGGUCCAAGCGAGCGGGAGGAGACAUCAAACCCGCCGGUCAGGAUGUAUCUCCGUAUUCUUACGUGCCGCUCGGGAAAGCCACCAAGCAGAAAGGCCCAAACAAGGUCAAUCUCACCAACAAGAAGCGUGGAUCAAGACAGUAGCGUGCAAUACUUGCGGAUCAGAUCGUUGUAUUAUAGAUGGUUAUGCUCUUUACGACCUGCCUAUUCUGAAUCUUAC